CUAUGGAACCCCUCAAUAAGAGAAUCAAUAGUACUUCCAAAUCCAAAAACUCCAUUGGCGGGAAGCAUUUGUUGUUUGGGAUUGGGUUAUGACUCAACUAGCGGUGACUAUAAGAUCCUGCAAAUUGACUCUAAUGUACGUGGUCUCAGGGCAUCUAGUCAAAUUCUCGCAUUAAAAAGUGAAAAAGAUAUUCUCUUGUUUUCAUUUAGUAUUUCAAAUGAAGUGUACGGAGAGAUGCCAUUGCCAGAGCAAGUAUUGCACUCGACACUCAAUUAUGGCGUUUCAGUAAUGGAAGGACUGCUUUGUGUUUAUUCUACUAUUCAUCUGCCGGUGGAAGGGAGGUUUACCCUAUGGAUAAUGAAAGAUUAUGGUGUUAAGGAAUCGUGGAAUGUAACGGCGAAAAGAGUCAUUUUAUGUAACGGCCAAUUUGGUGUGAUCGCGUCGUUACCUUAA